UCUUAGGUAGUCAUGAUUGAAAAAUCAUUCCUCAAUUUUUUCCAGCAUUUCUUCUGGUUUUCUUUUUGCCAACGACAGUCAAACCACCUAGUAGAAAACGACCAAUUUUAUCAUCGAUUUCUGGAUUUGAGUAUCAAAAUAGAGCAGCUGCAAGCGAUUACCAUGCUUCCCCCCAGUAUUAACAGCAAAAUUGAGGCAUUAAAACAAAUCCAGCUAGAUCUUCUGACCAAGGAAGCCGAUUUUCACAAACAGAUAUAUUCGUUGGAGGUUGAGUUCCAGAAAAGUUUAUCAGGUGUCUUCGAAGAAAGACGGCGCAUAGUAAAUGGUUUCGAAGCUACGGAAUCGCAGCAGCAAGAAGUUGCUAGCGAUGCUAACGGGAUCCCUGAAUUUUGGUUGACUGUGUUCAAAAGGGCUCCAUUUUUGCAAGAUAUGCUCCACGAGCAAGAUGAACCAGCAUUGAAGUGCCUCCUGGACGUUCGGUCCAUUUCGAUCAAUCAGCCGCGGUCUGGAUUUGUACUGGAAUUCGAAUUUGGUCCGAAUGACUACUUCAGUAAUCAUACUCUCACCAAACGAUACGAAAUGGAAUGUGUUCCAGACGUGGAGAAGCUUUUGUCGUUCGACGGGUUUGAAAUUUACGAUUCUACUGGAUGCGAGAUUAACUGGAAAGAUGGACGUAAUCUUACCUUGGCUACAGUAGACGGAACUGAGCGUUCCGUGGAUUCGUUUUUCAAUUUUUUUGAUCCAAAAAAGUUACUCGCCAAAACGGAUUCAGCAACGUACAAGCAAUUUAUGGAGUUCGAUUUCGAAAUAGGCUACUACAUUAAGGAACGAGUUGUGCCGCGUGCCAUACUGUUUUUCAAUGGAGAAUUUAUUGAUAGUGAAGACACGGGUGAGUUCCAACCGCAGGUUGCGGAUGGACAGAAAAAUUAGUUGAUGUGUAUUGAAUAAAAGAAAUGCGAAUGGAGCAGUUGU